AUGCUUCGACGGAGCAUCCUUUUCAGGAUGAAGUAUGCCGAUCUAGAGUUAACAACACGGGGUGAAUUUCCCCACGGCAUGAAGGAACCGGCAUUCGUAAAGAAAUUAGACCAAAACAUCCCGUGGUAUUUUUCAACUUAUAGAUCAAUGUAUCACUGGCCGAUUACGGGUGACAACUGGAGCGACUUGAAUGAAGCUGAGAAACAUCAUGAUCUUCACAUGUUUUAUACCCUAGCCUGGUGGAAACUGGGGGAAGGUAUUUUUGGGGUUGAUGAAGAUAGUUGA